AUGGCAAGUUGGGAUGGGAGGAAAAUAGAUUUGUUUUGCUUACAGAAACUUCUUACAGCUGCAGAGAAUGGGAAUAUAAAAGAGGUAGAAUUAUGUGUAAAGAACAGAGCUAACUUGGAAUGUAGAGAUGGUGGAGGAAAGACACCAUUAAUGAGGGCGGCUGUGUACGGACACCUGGAGGUGGUGACUUACCUGGUCACUCACGGCAGUCAGUUAGAGACUACAGACAGGUUUGGACAGACACCAUUAAUGUUGGCGGCUAUGAACGGACACCUGGAGGUGGUGACUUACCUGGUCACUCACGGCAGUCAGUUAGAGGCUACAGACCGGGGAGGAAGGACACCAUUAAUGUUGGCGGCUCUGAGAGGACACCUGGAGGUUGUGACUUACCUGGUCACUCAGGGCAGUCAGUUAGAGGCCACAUCCCAGGAUGGAGAAACAGCUUUACAUUAUGCUGCUAAGUAUGGACGGAUUGAUGUAACAAAAUGUUUAAUAGAUCAAGGAUGCAGUCCUUGGGUGAAAUCAUUGGAGGGUAAGACUCCUUAUGAUCUGGUAUUUAUAUCAAUGUAUUGUUAUGAAGAGAAGAAGAAAGAAGUGAUGUACUUCCUUAAGACUGUCAUGUCAAAGACAUCCCCAGAAGUAACUCCUGACACCCAUUUACAAGAACCUGCAGCACCAGUAGUUGAAGAUCAUCAUCUCAAAAUUGAGGUAUCAAAAGAGUAA